GAGCAGCUACAGUGGACCUGAAGGUGACUCAGCCUGAGAAAUCAGUUUCUGUUUGUGCUGGAGAGUCAGCCACUCUGAACUGCACUGUGACCUCUCUGCGUCCUCUGGGGCCCACGAAGUGGUUCAGAGGCAAAGGACAGAGUCGGCAACUAAUAUAUAGUUUCACAGGAGAGAAGUUUCCCAGAGUCACAAAUCUUACAGAUACUACAAAGAGAAACAACCUGGACUUUUCCAUCCGCAUCAGUAAUGUCACAAUUCAUGAUUCUGGUACCUACUACUGUGUGAGGUUCCAGAAAGCAGAUGCUGACAAGGAGUUUCUGUCUGGGGGAGGCACAGUGCUGUAUGUCCUUGGAGCAGCUACAGAGGACCUGAAGGUGACUCAGCCUGAGAAAUCAGUUUCUGUUCGUGCUGGAGAAUCAGCCACUCUGAACUGCACUGUGACCUCACUGCGUCCUCUGGGGCCCAUUAUGUGGUUCAGGGGCACAGGACAGAGUCGGAAACUAAUAUAUGCUUUCACAGGAGAGAAGUUUCCCAGAGUCACAAAUGUUACAGAUACUACAAAGAGAAACAACCUGGACUUUUCCAUUCGCAUCAGUAAUGUCACAAUUCAUGAUUCUGGUACCUACUACUGUGUGAAGUUCCAGAAAGCAGACUCUAACAAGGAGUUUCUGUCUGGGGGAGGCACAGUGCUGUAUGUCCUUG